AUUUCCGGUCUCUAUGUUUUCUCAUCCGGCCGGCUUGCUUUCCUCGGCGGUCGUUCAGGCUAUUGGGCACUAGCGAGAGGAAGGCUUGGUACGGGGCUAGAGAGGCAGGCUUUGGGGUUGCCUGGGAGCUGCGGAGCAGCGAGUUCCGUGUCCGGUUGCCGAGGCACGAGGAUCUGGUGUUCUAACCCAGUGGGAAAAUGCGGCCUUUGACUGAAGAGGAGACCCGUGUCAUGUUUGAGAAGAUCGCGAAAUACAUCGGGGAGAAUCUUCAGCUGCUGGUGGACCGGCCCGACGGCACCUACUGUUUCCGGCUGCACAACGACCGGGUGUACUAUGUGAGUGAGAAGAUUAUGAAGCUGGCCGCCAAUAUCUCUGGGGACAAGCUGGUGUCUCUGGGGACCUGCUUCGGAAAAUUCACUAAGACUCACAAGUUUCGGUUGCACGUCACAGCCCUGGAUUACCUUGCACCUUAUGCCAAGUAUAAAGUGUGGAUAAAGCCUGGUGCAGAGCAAUCCUUCCUUUAUGGGAACCAUGUGUUGAAAUCUGGUCUGGGACGAAUCACCGAAAAUACUUCUCAGUACCAGGGCGUGGUGGUAUACUCCAUGGCAGACGUCCCUUUGGGCUUUGGGGUGGCAGCAAAAUCUACACAAGACUGCAGAAAAGUAGACCCCAUGGCGAUUGUGGUGUUUCAUCAAGCAGACAUUGGGGAAUAUGUGCGGCAUGAAGAGACACUGACUUAAAACGAACUCAUUGCAAGGACAGACAGCUGUGUGGAAGGGCCGAGCUUUGUUUCCUGUGUUUGUGUAGACUCUGUCAUCAUGUUGAAUUUUGUCAUCACUCUGACCUCUUCAGGGACUUCUUAGUUUACUGUAUUCUCUAUCACUGACAAAUGCAGGCUGGAAUCAUACUAUAUACUGAGAUGGCUCAAAAAUGGGGUUUCAGAUCUUUGUGUUUGUGACAAAAUGGAAUACUCUGUUUCAUGUUCAAAUCAGAGGGCUUCUUGUUCUGAGAAAUAGGUUGAAAAUCUUUGGAACUAGGAACAAGAAUAACAUUGUUAUCUGUGAUAACACUUUGUUUUCUAAACUCAUGAUAAGAACACAUGGAUUUUCUUUUUCAUUAAUAUGAAAGAUAGACAUUGCCAUAUCAGAACAGUAGGCCACCUGUGGGGUUUUA